AGAAAAAUAAAAUAAGUAUGCGAUAAACGAACUCACUUAUAAUUAUUAGUACAAGCUAUAGAGAUCAGUGACUGAUCACAUGAUUAAUAAGGUCUCGGCGGAGGCGGAGGAUGAGGACCUCCGUACGGUGGUGCAGGGCCGGGAAAAGCGGCGGGUCCCGGGGGCUGAUGAUGGUGGACCACUGGAGGAGGAGGAGCUGGGGCUGGAGCAGGAUGAGGAUGGUGAAUAUUUGGU